UUCCUUUAGUUGGCUUGCCCGGCGAUCGCCCCCAGCUGGUGGGGCUCGGGGAGCCGGAGGGAGCCGGGUCCUCGGCGUGGCAGCCGUUCGAGUUAAUAAACAGUUAAGUUUGGAAGACUCAGCAGACACGUUGAGGGGGAGUUACCAAGCCCAGGCAGCAAAAACAUCCCGGCACAUUCCUGGGGAGUCCUCAGCUGCCAGCAUCUGAUUAGAACCAUAUCUCUCGCCGGGAGUGGCUGCGCGGCUUCGAGGCUCCCGGCCCGGCGGGUACUUAAGCUGAGCCCACGGUGUCCGCUGCUUACAGCCUGGAGGCUCCGGGGACCGCGGAGUCAUGCUCGCAUCGCAGGGGCGCUAGCUAGCGUGAUCCCUUUACCAGGACUGAUCUCUUUCCAAAAAUCAAUUCAUUCUAAAACCUGCUGAAGCAAAUGGGCAUGACUGACAAUUCUGUAACCAUGUUGGAAGGAUUGUGCUUUCGAAUGUUGGAGUUAAGCUGAUUAUUCUCAGCAAAGGGAAGCAAAUCUGGAAGCAAGCCUUCUAUCAUCUACCACUUGGACUUUGGAAAAGUCCGUGAUGGGGGGCCUCGCUCUUUAAGCCUGAGGAGAAAGCCAAUCCAAUCCUGGACCAUCUAUCUAGCCCAUGCCUGCAACCCAUGUGUUGUUGAACUUGACAUUGCCUAAUCAAGACAGAUUUGAAGAAAUAGCUGCCCAAAUACUUCAGGUGUCUGUAGGUUAUGUUCAUUUGAGACUUCUCCACUGGAAAUCGCCUGGUGUCAUUAAGUGUAUGCUGGAGCUGGGGUUUGCUACCUGCCCUCUUGCCAUGUCUAACGAAGUAGAAAUAAGUACAACCAAUGGUCAGCCUGACCAACAAGCUGCACCAAAAGCACCAUCAAAGAAGGAAAAGAAGAAAGGCCCUGGAAAGACAGAUGAGUAUCUCUUGGCCAGGUUCAAAGGUGAUGGUGUAAAAUACAAGGCGAAGCUAAUUGGCAUUGAUGAUGUGCCAGAUGCAAGAGGGGAUAAAAUGAGCCAAGAUUCUAUGAUGAAACUCAAAGGAAUGGCGGCAGCUGGUCGGUCUCAGGGACAACACAAACAAAGGAUCUGGGUCAACAUUUCACUCUCUGGGAUAAAAAUAAUUGAUGAGAAAACUGGGGUAAUAGAGCACGAACAUCCAGUAAAUAAAAUUUCUUUCAUUGCCCGUGAUGUGACAGACAACCGGGCAUUUGGUUACGUAUGUGGAGGAGAAGGCCAGCACCAGUUUUUUGCCAUAAAAACUGGACAACAGGCCGAGCCACUAGUGGUUGAUCUUAAAGACCUUUUUCAAGUUAUCUAUAAUGUAAAGAAAAAGGAAGAAGAAAAGAAAAAGACUGAAGAAGCCAACAAAGCAGUAGAGAAUGGGAGUGAGGCACUAAUGAAGCUUGAUGAACAAGCUACCAAACUGAAAUUGGGUAUUGACCAGAUGGAUUUGUUUGGGGACAUGUCUACACCUCCUGACCUAAAUAGCCCAACAGAAAGCAAAGAUAUCCUGUUAGUGGAUCUAAACUCUGAAAUCGACACCAAUCAGAAUUCUUUAAAAGAAAAUCCAUUCUUAACAAAUGGCAUCACCUCCUGCUCUCUUCCACGACCAAAGCCUCAGGCAUCCUUCUUGCCUGAAAAUGCUUUUUCUGCCAAUCUCAACUUCUUUCCCACCCCUAAUCCUGAUCCUUUCCGUGACGAUCCUUUCACUCAACCAGACCAAUCGGCACCCUCUUCGUUUGAUUCUCUCACAUCUCCAGAUCAGAAGAAAGAGAAUUUGAGUAGCUCGUCUACUCCACUGAGUAAUGGGCCCCUGAAUGGCGAUGUUGAUUACUUUGGUCAGCAAUUUGACCAGAUUUCUAACCGGACUGGCAAACAGGAGGCUCAGGCAGGCCAGUGGCCUUUUCCGAGCACACAGACCCAGCCAGCAGUGAGAACUCAGAAUGGGGUAUCUGAAAGAGAACAAAAUGGCUUCCAUGUCAAAUCCUCCCCGAACCCAUUUGUGGGGAGCCCUUCCAAAGGACUGUCAGUACCGAAUGGGGUAAAGCAGGACUUGGAAAGCCCUGUCCAGUCCUCACCACAUGACUCCAUAGCCAUUAUCCCACCUCCACAAAGCACCAAACCAGGAAGAGGCAGAAGGACUGCUAAGUCUCCAGCAAAUGACUUGCUUGCAUCAGACCCCUUUGCUCCUCCCAUCUCAGAGUCUCCACGACAGACCUCACCUACAGGACAACCUGCAGCCCUACAGACCAACCCUCUGGAUCUCUUCAAGACAAGUGUUUCUGCCCCAGUGGGGUCCUUUGUGGGUCUAGGUGGUAUACCAGUUACGCCUCCUCAGGCAGCACUGUGGACUGCACCAUCUUUAGUCUUCAGUCAGCCUACUUCAGUGGUCCCAGGAACCAUGAUAAGUGGUCAGCCUUCAGGAUUCGGUCAGCCACUGGUUUUUGGCACAAACCCACCUGUUCCAGGUUGGAACCAACCUUCAUCAUUUGCAGGCUCAGCUCCAUCUCCAGGCCCUACUGUUUGGAGUCCUUCAGCAUCUGUGGCACCCAACAAUUGGCCAUCAACAACAACCUCUCUGAGGAAUCCUUUCCAGACCAAUAUUUUUCCAGCUCCUGCUGUGUCAGCCCAGCUCCCCUCAAUGCAACCCUCUCUCCCGGUCACUCCUCCUCAGCCACCUCCUAGAACUGCCGUACCAACAGACAUCUCCAGUGAUGCCUUCACUGCCUUAGACCCACUUGCAGAUAAAGAAGUCAAAGAGGUGAAAGAAAUGUUUAAGGACUUGCAACUGAGGCAGCCACCAGUGCCUGCAAGAAAGGGAGAGUCUGGGGCUUUGGGUGCUUUCUCCAAUUAUUUCAACAGCAAAGUCGGCAUUCCUCAGGAGAAUGCAGACCAGGAUGACUUGGAUGCUAAUCAACUGUUGAACAAGAUCAAUGAACUAUCAAAGUCUGUUCCAAGACAAAGUGCCCUGCCACUUCCCAAAUCUGCUGACAGUGCAUUUGAGAACCCUUUCUCUAAAAAUUCUUUCAAUUCAUCAUCACAAGUCCCUAUGCCUCCUCCUCAAUCUGCAGCUCCUGAUGUAUAUAGGGCUUCUUUUGCAAACCCAUUUUCCUAACUUCUGAACUUGGUAUGCUGACUAUCCAGAGGAACAAAAAGGUUGACCUGAGUAAUCAAGGACAAAGCUAAUAGCCAGACAUGUCCUGACUUGCCCUUGUUCCAGCUUGGACAUGUUAUCUGUUGCCUUAUUUCUUGCUGCUUCUUCCACUUAUAAAAUGCCUUUCAUUUUCUGUCUAGGUUAAAGCUAAACUGAGUUAAUGGCUUUAAAUAAAUUAAGAACCUAAAUUCUCUAGCAUAAAUGUAAAUGAAGUAGCUUCCCUCCUUGAACUCUUGCCUAUUGUAUCCCUAGAACCUUCUAGAAUAUUCUACCAAUCACUCUCCGGUUGGGAGAUGGCAGCCACCACAAACUCAUCAGAGCAUACUGUUUUGAAUAAAUUUUCAAAUCCUUUCCAUUCAGCGUUGUUUGGAGUUCUGUUUUAGGGCGCAAAACCUAAAGAUUGUGGUAGAACAAGGCACUUCUUAAAAGAAGUCUGACUUUAGACCAUUACUUAAAAGAGAAUUUUUAAAGUAAAAACUGAAGCAAGUCUAACUACUUUUUAGGCAUCUUGGACUUUAACAUACCUUCUAACUUCUUUUUAGGCAUCUUGGACUUUAACAUACCUAAGGACCCUUUUAAAGAUGUGGCUUCUCCUCUUUCUGAAGCUGUUUUCUCCUAAGGUCAAGAUCAUCUUUUAUCCAGUCCCUUGCUGGCUGUUGCAAAUGAGGGCAAAGCAUUAUGCAUCUCUUUUCUCCUUUUCCCUUCGAUCUCUUUUCAGUCACUUUUGCUCCUGAAUUCAUAUAACAUUACCUCCCUUUCACAUGCAACAAGAUUGUAUGGGAAGAAAAUCCAAUGAUUCACAGACCUGGAGCAGCUCUGCAUUCUCAGUAAUCUCUAAUCCCAGUAACUAGAACGGCAAAUAGGCACAAGCUUUCUUCUUUCUGUGGCGUAGGUAGUUAUUCCCUUGAGCUGAACCUCCAGGAGAAGAAUUCAUAUUGAAGAGAAAGAGAAGUCAACUCAGCAAUGAAGGACUGUAUUUAGAAGGGCAACCCAUCACAAAGCUAAACGUGAUUGCAUCAAACUCAUUAGGUGCUUAUUUGGGGUCAUGCUAGGCCUUUAUAAAGUAACUGGAAAACUUUCUUGAAGCCUCAGAUCUCAUAAUUAAUAGGAAGAUAAGUGGGGAAAAGACGUAGAACAAGUAUUUGAUAUUAUCAUUUAAAAUCUAAUGUCUGUGAAAGUUUUCCCUUUCAUGAACUUUUCUAGGUGAUUUUCAGUCCUAUCGUUAGCACAGUUCUGAAGAGUAUGUUCUUGCCAAAAUGAGUUUUGUUUGUUGUUGUUUUUUAAUGUUAGGUUUGUUUUUGUUUUGUUUUGUUUUAAUGUUGUCUUUUAACCCUUAAUGCUCAGGUUCUUGUGGGUGUUAAUCAGCCACAUACAAUGUUACUUUCAGAUGGAAGAAGAGGAUGUCUGCUCAGGAUCUAAACAAGAUGUGGCCUCAUGAACCUCUAUCGAUUAGCCCUCAGUAUCCAAGCUGAAGUCCUGUGGUUGUCUGUUAUAGGUGAUCAUGUAUGGCAUAGUUUUCCAUCUGGCGUCCUAGUCAGUCAUUAUAAACACAGACUUGAAAUAGCAUUUUAAAUGUCCAAAUAGCUAAAUGUGCUAAGCUGGAGGCAACUAUUUCUAGGUAAUUGAAUUUUUUGAAAGUAGAUAAAAUUUUGAAAGUGAUAUUCAGCCACACGACUGUUGUGUACAUACUUAUUUUCUCUUGUGCACUUUUCUAUAUCCAAAUAAAGCUAUAAAUUUACUCAUUUCAAUAAACUGGAAUGGCAGAAUCUCA